GAGGAAAUUACUAGUCCCUAUAUAUAUGCAUACCUUGUGAUCCAGAGCUUCACAAUUGCAAUAUUACUAAGUAUAGCAUAUUGAGAUAUAGACAUGGAAAUGAAAUGGCUUACUCUAAUGGUAACAAUGAUGGCAGCCUUGGCCAUAUUUGAAGGUGAUUUGGCUAUGGCCAAUCUCAUGGAGGUGAAAUGUAUAGAACACUGCAUGAAUGAUUGCAAAAUAAUUGGCAUAGCUACUGCUGCUUGCUUGAAAUUCUGCCCACUUCACUGUGUUCCACCUAUGCCUUCACCUGAAGUCCGCUAUUGCAGUGUUCGAUGCGUUCUUGAACAUUGUGUUGACUACCAGAACGAGGAAGAGAAGUUGGUAGGCUGCGCAUCCAACUGCAGGAAUAAAAACCACUGCUGAAUGUGUUUCUCUCAGGAGUUACUAGUUUUAUAAAUUAAUGCAUGAUCUAUGUCAAUUAAUUGUAGGGAAUGAUAUGUAUGAGGAAAUAAAAUAAUUACGGUAGUUUUUUCUUUAUCAUGAUUUACACAAAUAUUCGAUAUCCCUGCCAGUCGUGCUGUAUUACAAGACAAAAUGUGACACCUAUUCGGGUGAUCCAAUUAUGAAAUUUCAGAUGCUAAA